UCAAACUGAAUUUUGACAAACGGAGACUUCCCAAUCCGACCGACGGCGAGAAAAUGGCAGAGGGAGACGACGGGGAACAACCACCACAGCCGCCAAAUAGCAAUGACCAACGGCCAAAAUUCGUGAUAAACAUACCCUCAUACGAAGAAGUGAUGGAAAGCUCUCAGCCCAGAACGGUGCCGUCUUCUUUCUUCGAACCUUCUACCUCUUUCUCUCAAGCCUUCAAUUUCCUCAAGAAUUCGGAUUUCUACUCUCCGCCGCCUCCGCCUCCGCCUCCUCAACCUCCCUCUUCCGCCAUUCCGAGGCAAAUUGGUCAAUCUGAGGGUCCUUCAACUUCCUCAACGCCGUCGUUUUCAGCUUAUGCACCUGUUCCCAGUCGAAAUGCCAUCCUUGUAAGCCAUAGACAGAAGGGAAAUCCUUUGCUGAAACAUAUAAGGAAUGUAAGAUGGUCAUUUGCAGAUGUCGUUUGUGACUACUCAUUAGGCCAGAAUGCUUGUGCACUCUAUCUAAGCCUUAGGUAUCAUCUACUUCAUCCAGACUACCUUUAUUAUCGGAUAAGGGAAUUGCCGAAGAACUUCAAGCUUCGUGUAGUUUUGUGCCAUGUGGAUGUUGAAGAUGUUGUUAAACCUUUGCUCGAAGUCACAAAAACAGCUCUGCUUCAUGAUUGCACUCUUUUAUGUGGUUGGAGCUUGGAAGAGUGUGGUAGGUACUUGGAGACAAUAAAAGUUUAUGAAAAUAAACCAGCAGAUCUUAUUCAGGGCCAGAUGGACUCAGAUUAUUUAUCACGGCUAAAUCAUGCUCUGACAACAGUACGGCAUGUUAACAAGACAGAUGUUGUCACUCUUGGCUCUACAUUUGGGUCCCUGUCUAACAUUAUGGACGCAUCGAUGGAGGAUCUAGCUCGUUGCCCCGGCAUAGGAGAACGCAAGGUGAAACGGCUGUAUGAUACUUUCCAUGAGCCUUUCAAGCGUGUAGUUCCCAUCCGUCCAUCUGUUCCAGAAAAUUCUGUCCAUGUCAAUGCCGAAGCAACCUCUGCAAGUGAAAAUAAGGAAGAUGACAAGGAAAUUGAGGAUGCAAAUAAGAAGAGGAAGAAAGAAUCUGAAUUAGCCGUUAAAUCAGCAUUGUCAGUUGCUUUUGCAAAAUACUCUGACAGAAUUGGUAGAAAGAACAAUAACUCAGAAAAAAAUGAAACAGAAGAGGAAAGUAUUGCUACCGUGGAAGCAAAUGACGAACCAAUGUGUAUCGGCAAGGGGCCUGCAGGUCAAUAGAAAAACUUAUCUAGGAUUUGGUCCCCAUCCAAUGUUGCUGUUUUUCUAAGUUUGUGGCCUUGGGUGACUCUGUUGUUGUCAUUUUCUCCUUCUGCAUUCCCUUAUCUGCCAUCCUCCUGCGUCCAUUCCUUCUCACAAUACCAGCCCGCUGAGUUAGGCAUCUCUGAAAUGUUGAAAUGUAGGUAGUUUUUGUACAUCACAAGUUGUAGGCAAUUUAUACUUUGUGCUGUAACAUCUGUAACCAUUUUUUCUUUUUCUUUGGACAAUGGCAACUUCUGUAACUUAUGCAGAAAUAGAUAUUACGGAGAAAUUUCC